AGCUUUCUUUGUCCUCGAUAUAUAGCCGAUCCCGACGAGCUCUCCUCUGAUACGUUGUGCCGCAGGCGCAACAUAGUCUCGCUAUUUGUUCUCAUUUCCGGCGGUGGAAGUAGCACCGUCGGACCCAAUGGCGCACCCCGGUGACAUCGUCGUCGCCAGCGCAGCCCGGAAGAAUCCCUCCGAGGGGUGCUCCCGCCUCUUCCUCCGCGCCAGGGAGUCGCCGUGGGGACUGAAGGCAGCGAUGGUUCUGUUCCAUGUGUUCUUUGCUGGCGUCCUCUUCCUCUUGGAUAGAGAUUUGAUACGGAGGACCAAGGAGAAGCCCUGGUAUACUGGUACAUACCUGGUCAUUUUUGGGGCUACAUUAGCUCAAUAUUUCUUUACAUCCGGUUCUUCCCCAGGUUAUGUGAUUGAUGCGAUGAGAGCUGCAAAUGGGAUGAAGGCAAUAUUUAUAGAAUCACCAACGGUUCUGAAACAGUCUAUCUCAAGAAAUGGAAAUAUGAUUCCUUCCAUAAAUCAGAGUCAAGUGGGCCACGAUAAUUCACAAAUGAAUUCAUCUUCUUGGUUAAAGUUUGUGGCAGAUCUUUAUCCUCCAGGAUUAACCAACAGGAACUGGACUUGCCCAUACUGUAAUGUUAUACAGCCUCCACGGUCAAAGCACUGCCAUGAUUGUGACAAAUGUGUCCUGCAAUUUGAUCAUCAUUGCCUGUGGUUAGGAACUUGCAUUGGUAAAAAAAACCAUUGUCGAUUUUGGUGGUACAUCUUUGAAGAGACAAUUCUCUGCAUCUGGACUGUUAUAUUGUAUAUCACAUUCUUGCACUCAAAAGACACAAAAGCUUGGUGGAAGGAUUUUAUUAUGAUAGUACUUUUGGUACCCUUAGCCUUUUGUGUCAUCUUCUUGAUUCUGCUGCUGCUUUUCCAUAGUUAUCUGGCUUUAACAAAUCAGACUACCUAUGAGACAGUGAAAAGGCGGCGGAUUUUGUACCUGAGGGGAAUUCCAGCAGGAGUUCAUCCAUUUAGUAAUGGCAUUUUCAGAAACCUGCGCGCCUUUUGCUGCUCCAGAGUUGGCAUAUAUGACAUGGAAGCAGUCCCACCAAUGGAGGAGCUAGAAGACAGAGCAAGAGCAUAUACCUGUGUGGAUGUUGUCUCUUGUAGGUGUUGUUGAUUCCUGUGGUGCUUCUCUCCCACUGGGUGUUUCAUAGCCCUUUGUUCUUGUUCCUAUUCCUGUUAUCCUCUUAGAUAGUCUGCUUGUUUGAUACAGUUCUUGGGUUUUUCUUUUUCCCCUUUUUAUGGCCAGACAAAUGAUGGUUUUCUGUCUCAGUAUAAUCGUCAUACCGGUCCGGCCAUGAGUAUUUUUUGUUAGGCCACACAAAUUGACGCCUUUCUUUAUAUCCUGUAUCGGUGGGGACAUUUGUGUGUGAUUGGUGUAUGUAUUUUGAAUGUCAAUCUUUUCA